AUGUCCCUGGCUCAAGAGUUUGCAGAAAAUAGCAAUUUUUCUCCAAAAGCCAGCACCAGUAAGCUGCCGACAGAUGCGUCUCCCGACUCCAAAUGCCCCAUCUGCCUGGACAGAUUUGACAACGUUGCCUAUCUAGAUCGCUGCUUGCACAGGUUCUGCUUCCGCUGCGUCCAGGAAUGGUCAAAAAACAAAGCAGAAUGCCCGCUCUGCAAGCAGCCCUUUUUUUCCAUUUUCCAUACGAUUCGCGCCGAAGAUGACUUCAAGGAGUACAUCCUGAGCCCUUUAGAAACAAGCUCUUUUGCCAGCCCCGAUGGCCGGAGGUUUCGUUACCGCACUACCCUAACGAGGGAACGCCGCACGCGCAGCUCCCCUUCCCGAAGGAUGCUGUCCCCGCCGGAUAACGGGAUGUUGUUUGAAGGGCUGUCAAGCGAGCCGGCGCGACACAGACACAGAGAGAUUCAGCAGAUGCUCAGGAGGCUGGCCUCGAGGAGGAAGGCCAGCGCGGAGGGCAGGUCUCUGCGUCAGAUUCAGGAGGAGGACAUGAUCACCUUCCGCAGGGCUCUGUACCGCACCGGCGUGCGCAUCCGCAGCAUUCAGGACGGCGGGCGAUACCGAGAGAUCUCGGCGGAGUUCUUCCGCCGCAACCCUGCUUGCCUUCACCGCUUGGUUCCUUGGCUGAAGCGAGAACUCACAGUCCUGUUCGGUGCCCACGGGUCUCUGAUCAAUAUUGUGCAGCACAUAAUCAUGAGCAACGUAACUAGGUACGAUCUGGAAAGCCAGGCCUUUGCUGACGAUCUAAAGCCAUUUUUGCUGAAUCGGACAGAACACUUCCUGCACGAAUUCAUCAGUUUUGCUCGUUGUCCUUUUAACUUGGAAGCGUACGAUCAACACGCCAAUUAUGACUGUCCUGCACCAUCGUACGAGGAGGGAAGCCACUCAGACUCAUCAAUUAUUACAAUAUCUCCGGAUGUGGCGUACCCGCAAGGGCCAGAUAAUAGUUUGUCUGUGCCCGGUCUUGGUCAGGCCCCGUGGGACGAUGAAACUCCGGGGCCUUCCUAUUCCAUUUCAGAAGAGGUUCGUGCAACCAUAGCUUCUCCUCUGGAGUCAUCAGAAAGUUCUGACGAGGACUCUGCUCCAGGGAGCCGGAGAGCCAAGCUGCCGACUGAGUUACAGGCUAAUGCUGACUCCAACGACAGUGGCUCUUCCUCAGACAAUUGUGUCAUCGUUGGGUACGUUAAGCCGUUAGCUGAGAGGACGCCAGAAGUGGUUGAGCUGUCCUCUGACUCUGAGGAGUCCAUCAAGGAAGAGAAAAGGGAAGAUGUCAAGAAACAGCAACCGGUCCAGUGUCCCAGCUGGAGUGACAGUGAACCAAGCAGGAGCUUCUCACCACAUUCCCCAACAUAUAGGGAGGAUGUAGGAGAUUGGACAAGGUAGAUACAGUGUCAUUAA